UUGGACAUACUUUAGAAUAGAAGAUUCUUUGUCACUCGUAUCCUUGUGUUUUCUCGUUUCCGUCGUUUCUAUAAAGUAACAAACAAUGUCGAUGCUUGUUCUGCCAUUCGCCACCAGAUUCUCAAAACUCCUCUUCAACAACUACUACAACAACAAAAAGUCUCUUCUCUCUCCUCCAAUGGCAGCUCAAUCUCAAUCCACUCCAAGCCACCACCAAAACGUCGUCGUCUUAAGGCACGGCGACCGCCUCGACAACAUAGAGAAAGACUGGGUAAAACAAGCCUCGAAGCCCUGGGAUCCACCUCUGCACGAAUCGGGCCUGACCCGGGCAUUCAACACGGGUCGGACGCUCCGAAACGGCAACGGAUUCCCGAUCCACCGAGUCCUCGUCUCCCCGUUCCUCCGGUGCGUCCAGACCGCCGUCGGCGUAAUCUCCGGCAUCUCCGCCGGUGCGGAGACCGAUCUGAAGGUCUCGAUCGAGUACGGAUUGUGCGAGAUGCUCAACGGCAUAGCCAUUCGUUCUGCUCCGAAAGAUUGGGAAUUCGUCAUCGAUGUCGCGGACCUCGAGGCGAGGUUCCCUUCUGGAACUGUGGAUCGCUCGGUUGAACCGGUUUACAAAGAGUUGCCGAAGUGUCCAGAGGAAGUGGACGGAGCGAGGGAAAGAUACAACCAAGUAUUUAAGGCUCUUGCGGAUAAAUACCCCAAUGAAAAUCUACUUCUCGUCACUCAUGGGGAAGGAGUUGGGGUUGCGGUUUCUGACUUCAUGAAGGAGAAUGUUACUGUGUACGGUGUUGAUUAUUGUGCGUAUGUAGUGCUGAAAAGACCAGUCGUUUAUGGAGAGCCGAAUUCGACUUCUUUCGUAGACUUCGAGGUUCAAACACAUGAAGGAAUAAUGUUCAUGAACUCGUGAUGGAUAGUUUCCAAACUUUUAACGUUGCUUGCUCUCCUUUUCAGCACUUGAGCGAUUGAUGUCGAUGACCAGAGAUUCAUUUUCCGAGGAUAGUUCAUCUGACCAAUAAUUUUCAUCAGCACCGGUUUUUUUUUUUUUUUUUUUCUCGUAUUGUAUGAUCGGCGACUAUAUCCUUUGUGGGGUUUUGACUAAGAAAACAGAAAAUGGAAUGUCAAAAAGAAAAUAAAAGAAAGGAAAAAGAAGCUUUUUUGUGUU